AUGGACAUCGUGGAAGACUUCCCUCCCCCGCCUCCUGAAAGUAAGUAAUGCAAACAUCCUCCUCCUCUCUUCCCCUCUCGCUCUCUGACUCAAUCUCCUCUCGCUCUCUGACUCAAUCCCCUCUCGCUUUCUGACUCAAUCUCUCCCAGCACAUCUAAAUCCCACCCAAAGCAUAAUGUUUCCACCUCCAUACACAAAAAAAUAAAUAAUGUAUGCACGCAUGACUGUAAGUCGCUUUGGAUAAAAGCGUCUGCUAAAUGGCAUAUUAUUAUUAUAUUAUUACAUGCUGCUGCCCAGACCUGUUGACAGCUACACUAUAUAUACAAAAGUAUGUGGACACCCCUUCAAAUUAGUGGAUUCGGCUAUUUCAGCCACACCCGUUGCAGACAGGUGUAUAAAAUCGAGCACACAGCCAUGCAAUCGCCAUAGACAAACAUUGGCAGUAGAAUGGCCUUACUGAAGAGCUCAGUGACUUUCAACAUGGCACCGUCAUAGGAUGCCACCUUUCCAACAAGUCAGUUAUUGUGAAGUGGAAAUGUCUAGGAGCAACAACGGCUCAGCUGCGAAGUGGUAGACCACACAAGCUCACAGAACGGGACAGCUGAGUGCUGAAAAAACGUCUGUCCUCGGUUGCAAUACUCACUACUGAGUUCCAAACUGCCUCUGGAAGCAACGUCAGCACAAUAACUGUUCGUCGGGAGCUUCAUGAAAUGCCAAAGAUCACCAUGCACAAUGCCAAGCGACGGCUGGAGUGGUGUAAAGCUCACUGCCAUUGGACUCUGGAACAGUGGAAACGCGUUCUCUGGAGUGAUGAAUCACGCUUCACCAUCUGGCAGUCCGACGGACGAAUCUGGGCUGGCGGAUGCCAGGAGAACACUACCUGCCCCAAUGCAUAGUGCCAACUGUAAAGUUUUGUGGAGGAGGAAUAAUGGUCUAGAGCUGUUUUUCAUGGUUCGGGCUGGGCCCCUUAGUUCCAGUGAAGGGAAAUCUUAAUGCUACAGCAUACAAUGACAUUCUAGACGAUUAUAUACUUCCAACUUUGUGGCAACAGUUUGGGAAAGGCCCUUUCCUGUUCCAGCAUGACAAUGCCCCCGUGCACAAAGUGAGAUCCAUACAGAAAAGGAUUGUUGAGAUCGGUAUGGAAGAACUUGACUGGCCUGCACAGAGCCCUGACCUCAACCCCAUCGAAUACCUUUGGGAUGAAUUGGAACGGCGACUACGAGCCAGGCCUAAUCGCCCAACAUCAGUGCCCGACCUCACUAAUGCUCUUGUGGCUGUAUGGAAGCAAGUCCCCGCAGCAAUGUUCCAACAUCUAGUGGAAAGCCUUCCCAGAAGAGUGGAGGCUGUUAUAGCAGCAAACGAGGGACCAACCCCACAUUAAUGCCCAUGAUUUUGGAAUGAGAUGUUCGACGAGCAGGUGUCCACAUACUUUUGGUCAUGUAGUGUAUGUCUAUUGGGUUCCAUAAAGAGAUUAAUGAGGCGCUACUUGGUGAUGUCAUGAUGUUUGUUGGUGGAUUUAGCUUGUUGUCUUGAGAUGUUAUCAGUUUUUUGUAAUUCCAAGUGCAGUCUGUGUAUUGUCAUGUUUUUGAGUAGUCAGUUAAUGUUGCUAAAACUAACAGGUCUCAAAGGGUGUUUCAGCUCAUGGUGAUGGUGAUCUACAGUGAGGUAAAAAAGUAUUUGAUCCCCUGCUGAUUUUGUACGUUUGCCCACUGACAAAGAAAUGAUCAGUCUAUAAUUUGAAUGGUAGGUUUAUUUGAACAGUGAGAGACAGAAUAACAACAAAAAAAUCCAGAAAAACGCAUGUCAAAAAUGUUAUAAAUUGAUUUGCAUUUUAAUGAGGGAAAUAAGUAUUUGACCAUGACUUAGUACUUGGUGGCAAAACCUUUGGUGGCAAUCACAGAGGUCAGACGUUUCUUGUAGUUGGCCACCAGGUUUGCACACAUCUCAGGAGGGAUUUUGUUCCACUCCUCUUUGCAGAUCUUCUCCAAGUCAUUAAGGUUUCGAGGCUGACGUUUGGUAACUCGAACCAUCAGCUCCCUCCACAAAUUUUCAAUGGGAUUAAGGUCUGGAGACUGGCUAGGCCACUCCAGGACCUUAAUGUGCUUCUUCUUGAGCCACUCCUUUGUUGCCUUGGCCGUGUGUUUUGGGUCAUUGUCAUGCUGGAAUACCCAUCCACGACCCAUUUUCAAUGCCCUGGCUGAGGGAAGGAGGUUCUCACCCAAGAUUUGACGGUACAUGGCCCUGUCCAUCGUCCCUUUGAUGCGGUGAAGUUGUCCUGUCCCCUUAGCAGAAAAACACCCCCAAAGCAUAAUGUUUCCACCUCCAUGUUUGACGGUGGGGAUGGUGUUCUUGGGGUCAUAGGCAGCAUUCUUCCUCCUCCAAACACGGCGAGUUGAGUUGAUGCCAAAGAGUUCGAUUUUGGUCUCAUCUGACCACAACACUUUCACCCAGUUCUCCUCUAAAUCAUUCAGAUGUUCAUUGGCAAACUUCAGACGGCCCUGUAUAUGUGCUUUCUUGAACAGGGGGACCUUGCGGGCGCGACAGGAUUUCAGUCCUUCAUGGCGUAGUGUGUUACCAAUUGUUUUCUUGGUGACUAUGGUCCCAGCUGCCUUGAGAUUAUUGACAAGAUCCUCCUGUGUAGUUGUGGGCUGAUACCUCACCGUUCUCAUGAUCAUUGCAACUCCACGAGGUGAGAUCUUGCAUGGAGCCCCAGGACGAGGGAGAUUGACAGUUAUUUUGUGUUUCUUCCAUUUGCGAAUAAUCGCACCAACUGUUGUCACCUUCUCAUCAAGCUGCUUGGCGAUGGUCUUGUAGCCCAUUCCAGCCUUGUGUAGGUCUACAAUCUUGUCCCUAAAUAAUAAUAAUAAUAAUAUGCCAUUUAGCAGACGCUUUUAUCCAAAGCGACUUACAGUCAUGCGUGCAUACAUUUUUGUGUAUGGGUGGUCCCGGGGAUCGAACCCACUACCUUGGCGUUACAAGCGCCGUGCUCUACCAGCUGAGCUACAGAGGACCACGUGCUCUCCAAGGAUGUCCCUGACAUCCUUGGAGAGCACUUUGGUCUUGGCCAUGGUGGAGAGUUUGGAAUCUGAUUAAUUGCUUGCUUCUGUGGACAGGUGUCUUUUAUACAGGUAACAAGCUGAGAUUAGGAGCACUCCCUUUAAGAGUGUGCUCCUAAUCUCAGCUCGUUACCUGUAUAAAAGACACCUGGGAGCCAGAAAUCUUUCUGAUUGAGAGGGGGUCAAAUACUUAUUUCCCUCAUUAAAAUGCAAAUCAAUUCAUAACAUUUUUUACAUGCGUUUUUUUUUUUGUUAUUCUGUCUCUCACUGUUCAAAUAAACCUACCAUUCAAAUUAUAGACUGAUCAUUUCUUUGUCAGUGGGCAAACGUACAAAAUCAGCAGGGGAUCAAAUACUUUUUUCCCUCACUGUAUGUAUUCUAUUCUAUGUACAGUGGGGAUAACAAGUAUUUGAUACACUGCCAAAUUUGCAGGUUUUCCUACUUACAAAGCAUGUAGAGGUCUGUAAUUUUUAUCAUAGGUACACUUCAACUGUGAGAGACGGAAUCUAAAACAAAAAUCCAGAAAAUUACAUUGUAUGAUUUUUAAGUAAUUAAUUAAUAUUUUAUUGCAUGACAUAAGUAUUUGAUCACCUACCAACCAGUAAGAAUUCCGGCUCUAACAGACCUGUUAGUUUUUCUUUAAGAAGCCCCCUUGUUCUCCACUCAUUACCUGUAUUAACUGCACCUGUUUGAACUCGUUACCUGUAUAAAAGACACCUGUCCACACACUCAAUCAAACAGACUCCAACCUCUCCACAAUGGCCAAGACCAGAGAGCUGUGUAAGGACAUCAGGGAUAAAAUUGUAGACCUGCACAAGGCUGGGAUGGGCUACAGGACAAUAGGCAAGCAGCUUGGUGAGAAGGCAACAACUGUUGGCGCAAUUAUUAGAAAAUGGAAGAAGUUCAAGAUGACGGUCAAUCAUCCUCGGUCAGGGGCUCCAUGCAAGAUCUCACCUCGUGGGGCAUCAAUGAUCAUGAGGAAGGUGAAGGAUCAGCCCAGAACUACAUGGCAGGACCUGGUCAAUGACCUGAAGAGAGCUGGGACCACAGUCUCAAAGAAAACCAUUAGUAACACACUAUGCCGUCAUGGAUUAAAAUCCUGCAGCGCACGCAAGGUCCCCCUGCUCAAGCCAGCGCAUGUCCAGGCCCGUCUGAAGUUUGCCAAUGACCAUCUGGAUGAUCCAGAGGAGGAAUGGGAGAAGGUCAUGCGGUCUGAUGAGACAAAAAUAGAGCUUUUUGGUCUAAACUCCACUCGCCGUGUUUGGAGGAAGAAGAAGGAUGAGUACAACCCCAAGAACACCAUCCCAACUGUGAAGCAUGGAGGUGGAAACAUCAUUCUUUGGGGAUGCUUUUCUGCAAAGGGGACAGGACGACUACACCGUAUUGAGGGGAGGAUGGAUGGGGCCAUGUAUCACGAGAUCUUGGCCAACAACCUCCUUCCCUCAGUAAGAGCAUGGGUCGUGGCUGGGUCUUCCAGCAUGACAACGACCCGAAACACACAGCCAGGGCAACUAAGGAGUGGCUCCGUAAGAAGCAUCUCAAGGUCCUGGAGUGGCCUAGCCAGUCUCCAGACCUGAACCCAAUAGAAAAUCUUUGGAGGGAGCUGAAAGUCCGUAUUGCCCAGCGACAGCCCCGAAACCUGAAGGAUCUGGAGAAGGUCUGUAUGGAGGAGUGGGCCAAAAUCCCUGCUGCAGUGUGUGCAAACCUGCUGAAGACCUACAGGAAAUGUAUGAUCUCUGUAAUUGCAAACAAAGGUUUUUGUACCAAAUAUUAAGUUCUGCUUUUCUGAUGUAUCAAAUACUUAUGUCAUGCAAUAAAAUGCAAAUUAAUUACUUAAAAAUCAUACAAUGUGAUUUUCUGGAAUUUUGUUUUAGAUUCCGUCUCUCACAGUUGAAGUGUACCUAUGAUAAAAAUUACAGACCUCUACAUGCUUUGUAAGUAGGAAAACCUGCAAAAUCGGCAGUGUAUCAAAUACUUGUUCUCCCCACUGUAUCUAUACUAGUCGUGUUGAUGAAGUAAGAGGUUUGAAAGGUCUGUUUUGGCUGACACACUGAUGGUCAGCUCAGCUCCCAGAGGGCCUUUCAGGAUGGACAUAGCAGAGUGUGCAAACAACACAUUCCUCUCCUCCUCCGCUACUCUGGAGCACGUGGGCCACGGAACGGAGGAGUGAGGAGGAGGAGGAGGAGAAAUGUGCCACGACUGCGAAGAGCAGACAAUGUGCCUCAGUAUCCGAGCCCUGGCUGAAUACUGCAGCAUCAGACACACACACACACACACACACACACACACACACACACACACACACACACACACACACACACACACACACACACACACACACACACACACACACACACACACACACACACACACACACCUCAGGGAAAGGAUCAGGCCAGAUAAAUCCCUCUGGGCUGCCAGUUGCCUUGUUGCCGUGGCGAUGCUGGAGCACAUCGUAAGCCAAUGACUCAUUGAGCAGAGCGGUGUGGCAGACAGGAGAGGAGAGGAGGCACGGGAACAGAAUCCAUAUUGUGGUUAUGAAUUGACAAUGGGUGCUGGGGACAGGCCUAGGUCUGUGUGUGUAUGAGUGUGUGUGUGCUGGCUAGAGAGUAUUGCGAAGACGGAAGGCACACACAUUCUCACAGAGCCAACUGUCUAUGGCUUCAUCAUCCACACUUUAUUGAAUGGGAAAUUGAUGUGAAUCAUCUGUUCAAGAUUUUAUACAAUCCCUGUUACAUCACAUCCAGCUCUGCUGUACUUUGCCCAGCCUGUGCUUCGUAGCGUAGACAUGAAGAAUGUUAGAAUGAAUAUUCAUCCCAUGGAUCACCAGUGAUACAGACCUCCAAGCAGCGGCUAGCUUUGCCUUAUCUGUCUAACUGGUCCAACACAGCUAUUCAUUACCACAGAGGGAAACAGCAGAUAACAUCUAUUUCCAGCUUUUCUCUCCUAAUGUUCUGCUCUAGCGCCUUCACUAAAUUUAGUUUCGGGUGUGCAUAAAGGUCAGGGGUCACAGUUAGAUCCCAUAGCGUAAGUCAUGGACCAUUGUCGUAACUCCAAACUGAGGUAUAUAACACUACCUGUCAACCAUAAUGGUGAUUUAGACUAGAGUGGUCACCGUGCUGUGGAGCUUCAAAGCUUUUGGGUCUCUGAAAGGUUGGUCUGUGUAGUGUGUAUCAGAACCACUUUGGGUAAAGACCUAUUUAAAGGGAAGUUUAGUCCUGAAGGGUUAGUAACUUAUGAGUUGUGGCAGUGUAAGUGAUGCGGUUGAUGGUUAGUGGGCCUAACCUCUAGCCUUACUUACUCUUAGCCUCAGGCUAAGUUAAUAUUAACCAGUGUUGUUUCUUGUAACGGCUGUAUAACAGAGUCAAACAGGAAGUACUUAGCCAUGAAAGGAAACAGAACUGAUAUAAAUGGGGGUCAAGAGGAAAAAGGUAUAGGCAUAUACUGAGAAAGCUGAGUAGGAAAUCUUCUCAUAUAAAAAUCCAAAGCGGGAAAUUAAGAGUUGUUACCUCAGAUUUGGUCAUUCAGGAAAUUGGGCCGGACAUUUUUCACAGUUUCUUAGCAGGAAGAGUCAGGAUAUGAGAGUUCCACCUUGUAGGUUAACCUAGUCCUGGGGAAGCCUGAAGCCUGAAUCCUGAUAGGACAGUCAUUUUUGUACUGGGACUGAGUCACAUGAGGAAUCUGUGGUAUGUUUAAUAGCAGAAGCGUGCCAGUUAGAAACUCAGCCCAGCCCAGGGAGAUAAAGUAGCAGUCUCAGAUGGGGUUGUGACCUCCUAAACUGGAGCUCCCGCCUCCAAUAGGGGAACUGUGGUAUAGGACUCUGGAUCCAAUAGGAAGUCCAUGGACUUAGACUCCUGUGGAGAGAAGGGGAAGUUUGAAUGGGCUGAAUACAGAGCAUUCCUUUCAUCUAUUCCACCAGAUGAGUUAUGUCACCUUCUGUGAAUCCUUUGCCAGCAUUCUGGCAGGCAUUUUGAUGUUAUGUCUUUUUAUCUCUCCACACCGUACCGCCUUUUCAUCAACCCUUUACACCCAUCUCUCUUUAUCUGUCCUACUUGACCUCCUUUAUUCAGUAUGUCAGGUCCUCUCUCCCCUCCGCUGUCAGAAAGUACCAGAGAUGUGCUCUCACAAUGCCUGUUGAGACUUCAUUUGACAGAUUUUUUACAAUGGUGUCAGUCAGUGUCCUCAAUCUGUCACAGGUUCAGUUGAACACACCUCCUGUCAGGCCGUAUUCAUACAGGAAUGCCUAGGCCUGUUCUGGAACACGAGUGCUAUAUCUCAGUAGUAUAAAGUUACUUCCUUUCCUCAUCUCCAUUUCUUAAUCCACACCGAUCUGAAAGGAGAUGAGGAGAGGAAGCCAUUUUGGACUGUUGAGAUACAGCCUAGGAUGAACGGGAAAGACAGUGGUUUUCCUGGUCACUGGGGGUGUGACAACCUUGUUUCCUGUUCGCCUAAUUGCAUUGUGGGAAGACAAUUUGUUAUUCGCCUCCUGUGUGUCACAAAGUGAGUCAUUGGUUUAGUUGAACAGAAAGUAGCAGGCAAUUUUUUACUCUGUCAUUAGUUUAUUUUAGCAAUACCUUCUUUUUUUUCUUGUGCACAACCUCUUAUGUUCCCAUAACAUCCCCAUAACAUUCCCAUAAUGUUCCAUGUUCAACUUUAACUUGCAGGGCUUGUUUUAGGCUGAUAUCUGAUGCUCUCUUGGAUCAAUACACAAAUGUUCUUUAGUUCAUUAAAUCAAUGAAUAAUUUGCUGUCAACAUUGUAAUGUAAGUACUAGUAGUUGUCUUACAUUACGGUUGGAUUUAAUUAGCUAAAUGAUAUUAAACUUCCUGUGUUUUUUAUUGCAUGAGUUUGUAUUGAAAACAUAGACCCACCCUUUUGCUAAUUACAAACCUGCAUUUGGUGGAGUGAUUUAUAUUUAACUUGGUAGAGGGUCCCAGCUAGACCCACCACCCACUGUGUGUCUAUGAAUAGUCAUUGGUGAGUGGGGGCAGGUGUCGGUAACCUAACAUUUUUGAAGAGAAGGGAAAAGCCACUAAUCAAAUCAAAUCAAAUCAAAUUGUAUUUGCCACAUGCGCCGAAUACAACAGGUGUAGACAUUAUAGUGAAAUGCUUACUUACAAGCCCUUAACCAACAAUGCAUUUUUUUAAGAUAAAAAAAAGCAAGCAAAUAACUAAAGAGCAGCAGUAAAAUAAAAUAACAGUAGGGAGGCUAUAUACACCAGUGCAGAGUCAAUGUGCGGGGGCACCGGCUAGUCGAGGUAAUUGAGGUAAUGUGUACAUGUGGGUAGAGUUAAAGUGACUAUGCAUAAAUAAUAGACAGAGUAGCAGCAGCGUAAAAGAGGAACUCUGUUUGAGCUUGUGCUGCUGUUUGAGCGUAGUUAUUUUAACUUCAAUUGUUCUACUUCCAUGUGUCUCAUGUUCUCUCACUCUAUCCAAAACCAUCUACAGUGCCUUCAGAAAGUAUUAGCACAGCUUGACUUUUUCCACAUUUUGUUGUGUUACAGCCUGAAUUUAAUAUAGAUUAAAUAUACACUGCUCAAAAAAAUAAAGGGAACACUAAAAUAACACAUCCUAGAUCUGAAUGAAUGAAAUAAUCUUAUUAAAUACUUUUUCCUUUACAUAGUUGAAUGUGCUGACAACAAAAUCACACAAAAAUUAUCAAUGGAAAUCAAAUUUAUCAACCCAUGGAGGUCUGGAUUUGGAGUCACCCUCAAAAUUAAAGUGGAAAACCACACUACAGGCUGAUCCAACUUUGAUGUAAUGUCCUUAAAACAAGUCAAAAUGAGGCUCAGUAGUGUGUGUGGCCUCCACGUGCCUGUAUGACCUCCCUACAAUGCCUGGGCAUGCUCCUGAUGAGGUGGCGGAUGGUCUCCUGAGGGAUCUCCUCCCAGACCUGGACUAAAGCAUCCGCCAACUCCUGGACAGUCUGUGGUGCAACGUGGCGUUGGUGGAUGGAGCGAGACAUGAUGUCCCAGAUGUGCUCAAUUGGAUUCAGGUCUGGGGAACGGGCGGGCCAGUCCAUAGCAUCAAUGCCUUCCUCUUGCAGGAACUGCUGACACACUCCAGCCACAUGAGGUCUAGCAUUGUCUUGCAUUAGGAGGAACCCAGGGCCAACCGCACCAGCAUAUGGUCUCACAAGGGGUCUGAGGAUCUCAUCUCGGUACCUAAUGGCAGUCAGGCUACCUCUGGCGAGCACAUGGAGGGCUGUGCGGCCCCCCAAAGAAAUGCCACCCCACACCAUGACUGACCCACCGCCAAACCGGUCAUGCUGGAGGAUGUUGCAGGCAGCAGAACGUUCUCCACGGCGUCUCCAGACUCUGUCACGUGCUCAGUGUGAACCUGCUUUCAUCUGUGAAGAGCACAGGGCGCCAGUGGCGAAUUUGCUAAUCUUGGUGUUCUCUGGCAAAUGCCAAACGUCCUGCACGGUGUUGGGCUGUAAGCACAACCCCCACCUGUGGACGUCGGGCCCUCAUACCACCCUCAUGGAGUCUGUUUCUGACCGUUUGAGCAGACACAUGCACAUUUGUGGCCUGCUGGAGGUCAUUUUGCAGGGCUCUGGCAGUGCUCCUCCUGCUCCUCCUUGCACAAAGGCGGAGGUAGCAGUCCAGCUGCUGGGUUGUUGCCCUCCUACGGCCUCCUCCACGUCUCCUGAUGUACUGGCCUGUCUCCUGGUAGCGCCUCCAUGCUCUGGACACUACGCUGACAGACACAGCAAACCUUCUUGCCACAGCUUGCAUUGAUGUGCCAUCCUGGAUGAGCUGCACUACCUGAGCCACUUGUGUGGGUUGUAGACUCCGUCUCAUGCUACCACUAGAGUGAAAGCACCGCCAGCAUUCAAAAGUGACCAAAACAUCAGCCAGGAAGCAUAGGAACUGAGAAGUGGUCUGUGGUCACCACCUGCAAAACCAGUCCUUUAUUGGGGGUGUCUUGCUAAUUGCCUAUAAUUUCCACCUGUUGUCUAUUCCAUUUGCACAACAGCAUGUGAAAUGUAUUGUCAAUCAGUGUUGCUUUCUAAGUGGACAGUUUGAUUUCACAGAAGUGUGAUUGACUUGGAGUUACAUUGUGUUGUUUAAGUGUUCCCUUAAUUUUUUUGAGCAGUGUAUAUUUUUUCUUACUGGCCUACACACAAUACCCCAUAAUGUCAAAGUGGAAUUAUGUUUUUCAAAAUGUUUACAAAUUAAUAAAAAAUGAAAAUCUGAUAAGUAUUCAAUAAGUAUUCAACCUCUUUUUUUAUUUCAAACCUAAACAAGUCCAGGAGUAAAAAUGUGCUUACCAGGCCACAUAAUAAAUUGCAUGGACUCACUCUGUAUGCAAUAAUAGUUUUUAACAUGAUUUUUGAAUGACUACCUCAUACAAUUAUCUGUAAGGUCCCUCAAUUGAGCAGUGAAUUUAAAACACAGAUUAUACCACAAAGGCCAGGGAGGUUUUCCAAUGCCUCGCAAAGAAGGGCAACUAUUGGUAGAUGGGUAAAAAUAAAACAAACAGACAUUGAAUAUUCCUUUGAGCAUGGUGAAGUUAUUAAUUACAAUUUGGAUGGUUUAGCAAUACACCUAGUCACUACAAAGAUACAGGCGUCCUUCCUAAUUUAAUUGCCGGAGAGGAAGGAAACCGCUCAGGGAUUUCACCAUGAGGCCAACGGUGACUUUAAAACAGUUAUAGUUUAAUGGCUAUGAUACUAGAAAACUGAGGAUGGAUAAACAACAUUGUAGUUACUCCACAAUAGUUACCUAAUUGACAGAGUGAAAAGAAGGAUGCCUGUACAGAAUAAAUAAAUAAUAUUGUUUUCAACAAGGCGCCAAAGUAAUACUGCAAAAAAUAUGGUCAUUAACGUUUUGUUCUGAAUACAAAUUGUUAUGUUUGGGGAAAUUCAAUACAACACAUUACUGAGUACCACUCUCCAUAUUUUCAAGCAAAGUGGUGCUGCAUCAUGUUAUGUGUAUGCUUGUAAUCAUUAAGGACUGGGGAGUUUUUCAGGAUACAAAAUAAACAGAAUGGAACUAAGCACAGGCAAAAUCCUAGUGGAAAACCUGUUUUAGUCUGCUUUCCACCAGACACUGGGAGAUUAAUUCACCUUUCAGCAAGACAAUAACAUAAAACACAAGGCUAAAUCUAGACAGGAGUUGCUUACCAAGAAGACAGUGAAUGUUCUUGAGUGGCCGAGUUAGUUUUUUCUUAAAUCUGCUUGAAAAUCUAUGGCAAGGCCUGAAAAUGGUUGUCUAGCAAUGAUCAACAUCCAAUCUGGCAGAGCUUGAAGAAUUUUGAAAAUUAUAAUGGGCAAAUGUUGCACAAUCCAGGUGGGGAAAGCUCUUAGAGACUCAAAGCUGUAAUCGCUGCCAAAGGUGAUUCUAACAUAUAUUGACUCAGGGGGUUGAAUAUUUAUCUAAACAAGAUACAUUAGUGUUUAAUUUUUUAUUAAUAUUUUUUAGUGGUUAAAUGUUUUGUGUAGAUCGUUAACAAUUAAAUCCAUUUUAAUCCCACUUGGUAACACAACAAAAUGUGGAAAAAGUCCAAGGGUAUGAAUACUUUCUGAAGGCACUGUAUACGUUAGAUGUAUUUAUCUGACUAUCUCUCUUCUCUCUUUGCUUAGUGUUGGUGGAUGAGGUACCCUAUGCGGAUGAAGAAGAGGGGGAGCAGUUUGAAUUUGACGACAGUGGGGAUGAGGUCCCUGAGGCAGACCGGCCACCCCCCGCCCCUCCGGCCCCUGACUACGGGGCCCAGGCCCAGGUCAAUGGUGUGGCCCCCCACCCAGAGCUAGAAGGAGCAGACCCCGAACCCCACCCAGAGGGGCAGCCCUCAAACCCAGACACAAUUACUGCCACAGUGGCAGCAUCACUUCCAGUUCCAGUAGCCAUGGCCACAACAGACACAUCAGCUGUGGCUACAGCAGAAGGGGGAAAGGCUUCAGCAGUCCCAGUCCCAGCUGACACAGACAGUGACUUACCCCCUCCUCCACCUCCAGAGGACUCCACUCCUGUAGGAACAGACUCUGUUGGUUAGUGGAAACAACCAUUCAGUGUUCCUCUAGCACAUUGAGAUCUGAAGAUAUAUAUAUAUAUACCUCCACAACCAUAUCGUUGCUCCACACUGAGUGGGUGCUGUACAGUAGAUGGUGUCAUGCAAUCCAUCCUUAGUGUAUGUUGUGACUAUUGCCUCCACAUGUUCUAUUACCUCAUUCUGGCACAUGCUCCAUGUAAGGCAGGGGUAGACAAUAGCAUAGCGUAGCACUGCCCGUCUCACUCCUGAUGCCUGGUGUCGCUGGCUGCCUGGUGCAGGGUGGCUUCAUAAUAUAAUAUAUGCCAUUUAGAAGACUCUUUUAUCCAAAGCGACUUACAGUCAUGCACACCUACAUUUUUAUGUAUGGGUGGUCCCGGGAAUCGAACCCACUACCCUGGCGUAACAAGCACCAUGCUCUCUCUUCCAACUGAGUUACAAAGGACCCACACACAGUUUGACACCAGCAGGAUACUACUGCUCUCUCUAGCUCUCUAGCUCCUCAUGCUAACACAUACAUUCCAUGCUCUUGCCUCUCUCUAGCAGUCAUAGCCCAAGUUCCUAUGUCUCUCCCCCUCUGACACUUAUAGCCCAGUCCAAUUGAGAGUCCAGGCCCCUCUCCAUCAGCUGUCCAGUAGUGUUUGCCCUUCAGCAUAUCUGUCUGUACACUCCUAGGAAAAAAGGGUUCCAAAAAGGUUAUUCGGCUGUCCCGAUAGGACAACACUUUUGGGUUCCAGGUAGAACCCUUUUGGGUUCCAUGUAGAAGCUUCUGGGGCAAGAGUUCUACAUGGAACCCAAUAAGGUUCUACCUGAAAUCAAAAAGGGAAAACCUAGUCAGUUGUACAACUGAAUGCAUUCAACCGAAAUGUGUCUUCUGCAUUUAACCCAACCCCUCUGAAUCAGAGAGGUGCAGGGAGCUUCCUUAAUCGACAUCUGGGGAGCAUUUAUUGGGGGUUAACUACCUUGCUCAAGGGCAGAACAGCAGAUUUCUCCACCUUGCCGGCUCAGGGAUUCAAACCAGUAACCAUUUGGUUACUGGCCCAACACUCUUAACCUCCAGACUAUCUACCUGUAGUGUGUUCUAGUGGGAUAUUUAUAUCUUCUGACACCAGGGCCUGAGACGAGGCCUCUCGCUCUGCUGUCAGACCGUAAACACAUAGCUGUGUGUCUGUGUCUGAGCCAAGCAGAUUGGAGUAUUAAGAGAAGAAGGCAUACAAACUGAGAUUUGAAGUAGCGGCAGUUAAAUAUUUUAUCUAUUUGCUGUAAAUCACAGUCACAGUAUUCUUCUUCAGUGUUCAGCAGUGAUCAAAAGUUGGAGUGCUUAUUCACUUAACCAAUGAUAGACAUGAUGUGGUAUCAUCAAAGUGCUCUUAUGAAAUGUUAUGUCAGUACCUUUUAGUAUUUUGCAACUGCAAAGUAAUCCAGUACCAAAUGAGUUCCAGCACAUUCAGAGCAUCCUGCAACUGUAGCUGGGGAUAAUUUGGGGCUAACAGACUGUGUUACAUUUCCAUUGCAGAUAAGGAAGUGUCCAACGAUGACCCUCCCCCUCCCCCUGCCAACCCCAGGACCACCUCCCAGAAGAAUGUCAACCCCUACUCUGUGAUUGACAUCACCCCCGUCCAACUACAGCAGCUGGAGCAGCAGCAUGGGCUUGCCCCUUCCUCUUCCUCACCUGUUGAGAGAGUGGGAGGAGAGGGGGGAAAGGAGAGGGAGGGGGAGGGACAGGAUGUUCCCCCCGCCAGCCCCCCCUGUGUCCCCCCGGGCUACUCUGUGCCCGUGCCCUGUGGAUACGCCACCCCCUCUGGCGUGCCCCUCAUCACGCCAGCCUACACCACGCCCGUCAUCAUCCGACACUUCUCUGUGGACGAGGAUGGUAAAGGAAGAACCCACCCAGAGUGGAAACAUGUAGAAGGAUUUGAACAGAUGUUCCUCUUCUAUUCUUUCUACUCUGUUCUGCGUUCAUAUUGCAAACCUCAGAAUAUCAUGAUGUACUGUAUUUGAUAGAUUGUUUCUACAAUGAACAGAGCACUGAAAAAUGUGGUGGGCAUGACUGUUUAAACUUUGACAUCCUUUCCUAUGGAGGAAUUCCCCCGUCCUCUCCCCCUUCUCCCCUACUGACUUUGGAAUGAGAGGCUAUGACACCUGUAUGCUCUGUACUCCCAACUCCUUUUUCCUCUACUUUCUCCAUCGCAUUCCUUUUUUCCUAAAGCCUUGCCACAAGGAAGUGGGGGCUAAAUUUAGCCGCCCACUAAAUUCAGUGUUGGCUGUGAGGAUUUUCCUGUUUUCUCUCAAAUGUUACAGUAGCACUUUUCAAAUUCGUGGCUUGGCCAGUCUGGGGGAAAAUUGCAGUGUAAUUUAAACUAGCCAACAUAUCACAGAGAGUCACCCCUGUUAAAAAUGCUAAGACAUUUGGAGUGUUUUUUAAAGUCUUUUAAAGGGUAUAUUCUGGAGUUAAAAUGGCAAUACAUUGACCGAUUGUUCCAAUAUACUGUAAGGUUGUUCUGUAGGAAAUAUUCUGAAACGUAGGCCUAUCAUUGCAGAUAAUAUAUCAGAUAAUAUAUCAAUAUAUCUGUUUAUCAUUGCAGUUUUUAGAAUGAGAGAUCUAAUCUGAAGUCCUUAUCAAUAUUUAUUGAUUUCAGGUCUUAUUUUUUUAUCUUUGAUACAAGUUUAGUUUAGUGAUGGCUGCCCCCUGGUGGUACAUAAGGUUUAGUGCAAACUGCACAUUUUAUGUCAUGUUUUUUGUUAGUGAAGGAAUAAUCCAUGUUCAUUACUGUUCUCUCUCUCUCCCUUCAGUUACUGCGGUGGGGACAUGCAACACUUCUGUAGACAGGUGAGUGACUCUCCUGCCAGGCUCUUUCUUCACUGAUCUUCUUUAUGUCAUCUAGACUGAAGUUGAUCUGCCAGAAUUUGUGAUUAUGUGGAAUCUUGGUUAUUUGCAUUGGAAUAGCAGAUGGUUACAAUUUCUCUUUUCAUUCAAGUGUCUUCAGUGAAGAGUAUCCUGCCAUCAGAGAGGAGGAUGCUUUGUCUAAAUGGGUGUCGGACCCUGCAAACACAGCCUGGAUGGAAAGUAAGUACUCAUUCUCUUCUCAUUUAGCUACCAAUGAGAAAUGUGUAGUUUUCUGCCAUUUUCUGUCCUGUUUCUGUUUGUAUUUACCUAGUAUUUACUACAGAAUUGUGGUACAAUGAUGCAUACUUUUAUGCCUGCUUAGAACACCACAGGACAGGCAUUAUGGUUUUGAGUCCAUCCUGAGUCCACCAUGCACAAUGCAUGAUUACACAGUGGAGUUUUCUUUAUUUUUUCUCUCUUAGGAAAUCCCAGACACUUCCUUCCUCUAGCUCCUUUUUGCGGAACUGGGCCUUUGUGGGGUCUUUCCUCUUGCCUUUCCUCAGUUCCCUGAGACUGUAUUCUGUCCAUUGUGUGAAGAUUUGUUGCACAUUGAAACCUUAAUUCAUUCAAACAUGGUUGCUUUGUCAUUUAGAUCCAGAUGAAGUAAUUUAUGAUGACGUGCCCAGAGAGAACUCUGAUUCAACUACAGGUUAGUGCUGCAUUCUUUCUGUACUUAUUUUAUCAUUCUUUCAUUGUACUGUCGUUCCUCUUUUGCCACAGUGUCUGAGUAAUUCUGCAUAUUGAUGUCUUUAACUCUUGCAUUUCUAAAUGUGCUGGAAUUAUUCAUCAGAUUAAUGUCAUGUGCCCCUAAUCAAACUGUGUUAGGCUAUAUACUAUGUUCAGUUGAUGCACUAGAACUGCCAUAUAGAAUUUGUUAUUCAUGCCAAGGAAGUUUGAUCUGAAUAUAAGCAUGCUAACUUACUGUACAUGAACACAGAGUGUACCAUUACAGUUGAAUAAAUAUUUCACCCUGAUUUUAAUGCUGUUCCCCUUGGUUUUAACCCUUUGCCCCGCCAACCCCCCUCAGAGCCAGAUGAGAUGAUCUAUGAUGAUGUGGAGUUUGGGGAGGAGGGCUGCGGCAGCUCCCUGGACAACGGUUGGAGCUCCAGCGAGUUUGAGAGCUAUGACGAGCAGAGUGACGGGGAGGGCCAUGAGGAGAACGGCCUGCCUGAUGCCUUCAUGAGAGGGAAGCCAUCACAGAGGAAGACCACCCAUGUGUGUAAACCAAGCACCUUACCCCCCUCUGUCUACAGACCUGUCCAUCUGGGUGGGGAGGGAGGGAGGGAGGGAGGGAGGGAGAAGGGUGGAGGGGGAGAGAAGAGUGGGAAUUUGGGUACAAAAAAUUGAGGACAGGAGGGGAAUAUACAGUAAUAUACUAAAGAAAGGGCAAUAUUCUAUAGGGAGUCGAAGAUUGAGAGAGAAUAUGAAGGUUAUGUGCAGAUGGACGCCACAGAAGGAGAUAAGCUAAAGAAGGGUAGUUUAUAUUGGCAUCUUGAACAGAUGAGGAAGUAGAAUCAGUGAGACACAGUGAAUAUCUAAUAAACGAUCAUAUCCAGUUAAACAGGAGAUUAGCAAACAUUUUCCAAACAUAUUUCAAAUGAUAACUACUUGAGCUAAUGUAAAUACAUUGUAGGCUUAUUCUUGCCUUCUGGCUGCAUGUGUUAUUACAAUGCUCUUGAUAAUAUACAGUUCAUUUGUAUAUUUGGUUUGAAGUGAAUGGCCCACUUGUUUUUUCAGCCCAGAGGUCUUACCAGGGAAAUCCCACUGGUAUUACUCAGCUGACUGCACACAGUGACUGCUUGGCUUCUGUAGGAGAGAUUGGCCCUGUUAAGAUUAGUAUGUGGGGUGGGAGACAAAAUAGGAGUGAGGAGGCAAGGCCUUAGCUGAGGUGAGGGUGGGCGGGUUGGGAUGGGGGUAUGAUCUUCUCUGGCUGAGCACCUUCAAAGGAACGCUCUGGUAACGCUUCACAUUGCUCUGCUUUCGUUUAGCUUUCUCAAGAUCUGACACGCUUGAAAGAACACUAUGAGAAAAAGAUGAAAGAUCUUAUGGCAAAUACAGUGGGAACGGUAGAGCUGCAGCAGAUAAAACAGAAACACGAGCAGAAGGUAAAUGUUAUUGUCCUGGUCGGUGUGUGGGUUAGGGUUCAAGCCUCCUUCGCGUCCUUAACCCCUACCUCCCUCACGUUGUCUCUCACCGACUGACUCAGACCUAGUUUACCUUCAUCCUGCUCUUAUGACUGGUGGUGGGUUUGUGUCUACUGCAUCGACCUGUGCCACUAACUGUAUGGGUGUUAUGGCCACUCUGCAUCUCCUUAGUGACAUGCCUUUAGUUCUACAGCGUACUGAGACACCAGUGCAGCUGAGUUGUGUGUAGGCCUAGACAGGAGGUGUGUACAUGGUCAUCUCCGUCCACUCAUUGGAUAAUGAUCCAACAGAACACUUUCAAACAAAUCUAUGAAAAAAGAUAGUUCUACUAUAAAUGUAUACAUUUCAGCAGACAGUUGUAGCAGUCUAGGUAAAUCUUCUUAGACCCUACCCUAGCUAAUCAAAGUGCCUCUAAACUACUUACAUUCCCUAUAUACAGUUAAGUACUUGUCACUUCAAGCUCUUAUGCAUAUGUGAGAAUCCUUUAGUUUAGAUUGACUCAGUUCAGUUAUGUAACAGUUGCUGUCUUGCUCUGGUCCACCCUAUUAUUAUCCCUAAGAUCCUGUUCCUGUAUUUACAUGAUCUGCCAUCUUCCCUUCUCUCCUAACACGGCUCCUGUCUCCUCCCUUAAAGCUUCAGUAUCAUGUUCACUGUGACUGUGUGCUCUGAGUGCUAUUUACUGUUGUCGAUGUACCUGAAGAUGCAAAAGCUGGUGAAGGCAGCGAGAGAUGGGACCAAAGACGGCCUGGAGAAGACCAAAGCAGCGGUGAAAAGGGGACGGUCGUUCAUCAAGACCAAAACCCACUGUCAUGGUAAGAGUAAGAGCAGAACAGGUCCUUUGUGCACAUUAGUCAGUUAAUUACAUUAGUGUAUCGGGGAUCUGGGAUGAAUUGCAAGCACUUAACGUUGUAACGGGGAGUUCAUCCACUAACAAUGUGUAGUAACCUCCUGGGUGAUGCUGAUCUGAUUUGAGUUGACCACGUCUCCUGUGUGUCUCAGAGAGGAAGUCGACCUGUUUUGAGGAUGAGGAGUCGGAGCUCUUCAUCGAGGUGGAAUGCUUCAACAUGGAGCCAGUGCUCUGUCCCGUCCCCGAGGGGCUCUCACAACAACAGGUGGUGAGGAGGUGUAUUCUGGGCUCCAUAUUAGAGAGUGAGAAGAACUAUCUUGAUUCACUGAAGCGGAUUUUAGAGGUAAGUUAAUUACAGUUGAUACAUUUCAUAUAACUUUAUAGUGAUUUCUUCAAGGAAAAGAGUUCCCACCACCCACAUCCUUAUCCUCUCUCUUAUCAGCAAUAUGAAAAGCCACUUUCAGAGAUUGAGCCCAGGUUGCUAAGAAACAGGAAGCUGAAGAUGACAUUCUAUCGUAUUCGGGAGAUUCUCCAGUGCCACGCCCUGUUCCAGAUCGCCCUGGCCUGCCGAGUGGCCGAGUGGGACAGUCUGGAAAUGAUCGGGGACGUCUUUGUUGCCUCGGUGGGUUGGUGGACAAGUGAAUCCUGUGCUGGGGGACCUAGGAAGGAUUCAAUUCCUAAUAUUCCACUUAAGAUUAAUGGCUGGAAGAGUAAACCAUUUAACAGUGGUCUAUUGGUCAAAACUAGUGGGACUGAAAAAAUCCUAUACUCACGCAAUGUCCUGCACUGUGCUUCACCAUUUAGCACAACACUCACUGAAGCUAUAAUUCAAGUUUCCCAUGACCCAGUGUUUUUACAAAUUGCCUCAUUGUAAAGGAAUUAGUCUCAUGCCUACACACACGCACGCACGCACACACACACACACACACACACACACACACACACACAGACAGACACAGAGACAGACAGACAGACAACUGUGCACUGCACAUAAACACAACACACAGCUGCGCUGGGUUCUUGUAGGAAGUGCUCCACCCUGAUGUCUCCAGCUAACAGCUUAUUUUGGGCCUAGGAUCCAGGUUGAUUCCAUUCCUGACUAUGAUUGUAUUGGACUAUGAGGUGUUGAUGGCUUGCUCUCUCCCCUCUCUGUCUCUCUUUAUAUAUCUGGUUCCCAGUUCUCCAAGUCCAUGGUGCUGGACGCCUACUGUGAGUAUGUGAACAACUUCAGCACAGCCAUGGCGGUGGUCAGAAAGACGUGUGCCUCCAAACCCAGCUUCCAGGACUUCCUCAAGGUCAGUCAGAGCACCGUUGUUAAAAUAAAUAAAAAGUGUGCUCCUGUGAAAAUACAGCUAUGCAGAAUAUGCAUCUCUGUCUCUACCCUAAACAUAGGACUGGGGGUUGAUUUCAGACUGAACUAAAAUAGUUUGUGGUGGUGUAUUGGAUUGUCCGGCACUGCAUCAAUCAGUAAUCAUUGAUUGUCCUCCUUUCUCUCCACAGCAUCGUCAGGACACCAGCAGUGACCGGGUCACUCUCUAUGGACUCAUGAUGAAGCCCAUCCAGAGAUUCCCUCAGUUCAUUCUGCUGCUGCAGGUAUCGAUUUCACUGUAGCGUCCACACUCAUCCCACAGAACAAAUAUUACACAGAUCCACCAGCAGAGGGAGCCACAUACUCACUAACCAAAGAGCUGUUUUUGGAAAAAAAAAUGCUGUGUAGUGUGCCUACUCUUGGGAAAGUAUUUCUGCUUCUGGUCUCCAGGCACUUCACAUUUUAUCUUCACUCAUAAUUGUUAUGACUGAGGAUAACAUUUAAGACAGCCCAAUGGUUGUCUGAAGGAAUCUGAAUAGUUUUCAACUGAUGCUAUGCCACUGUGGAGAAGCUCUGGGUGUGAUCUGUGCUAUGUAAUGCUCUGAAUGUGUCAUCUCUCCAUGCUUUAUGGCAGGACAUGUUGAAGAACACCCCUGUAGGCCACAAUGACAGGCUGCCCCUACAGAUGGCCCUGACGGAGCUGGAAACCCUGGCUGAGAAGCUCAAUGAGAAGAAGAGGGAUGCUGACCAGCGCUGUGAGAUCAGACACAUUGCCAAGGCCAUGAACGAACGCUACCUCAACAAGGUACACACACACCAUUGAUAUUUUUUUCAGACCAUAGGGGUUCAGUGUAUAUCCUCUAUAACUUGAUGAUUUGAGUGUUUAAACAGAUUCUGUUUAUUCCAUUGUGUGGGCGUUAAAUUGAGGCCUUGACUGUAGAUGCUUCACAUUCUUUACUGAGAAUCCAUCUAUCCACAAAUCUGGUAUAUAUAAGAGAUGGCUCAGUGCCUGACAUGGAGGAACGUAUAACAUCAGUAUUCCUUACUGUCUAAUUAUUGGUCUAUUUGUCUGCCCAAAAGAGCAAACAGUCAGCGCAUGGCAUCUAUAUUUAUGGAGGUGUGUAUGCUGUAAAGUGUAUUUACUGUAACUAAAUGCACACUUAUCUGUAAAGUGGAUGUGCUCUAUAAUAGUAUGUGUAUAUUCUACUCUAACUAAAUGGUAUGUUCAUAUACAUUUCACCCUUGACAAGGACCACACUAAAAAGUUAUACUAAGAUCAAACAAAUUGCUUCCCAGCAAAUAUCUAGACGAUGUAUUUAUAUAUCAUGGGGAGUACCAUGCAUUUACAAUAAAUAAUAAAUUAACCUUUGGGAAGACUGUAAAAUCCAUUGUAGAUGACCUCUGACCGCUGCGUCUCCCUUCCUUACCCACCAGCUCCUGAGUAACGACAGCCGUUACCUGAUUCGCUCGGAUGACAUGGUGGAGACAGUCUACAACGACCGCGGUGAGGUCAUCAAGACCAAGGAGCGACGCCUUUUUCUUCUCAACGACGUGCUCAUGUGUGCCACGCCCAACGUCCAGUAAGACCCAACGCACCAAACACAGUGACCACCUUGGCCAGGAUUUAUAUCCACAGACAGAGCACCCUUUCUGGGUAUUAUUCUGAUCAGCUCCCUACGGUGGAGCGAGUGCCCUGUAAUUACACUACACUUCACCACGCUGUCCACUGGCUCUGGCAGGAAGAUCUUUGAGCUAUAUGAAAUAAAGUAAUAGCUUUAAUGCAGCAUACCAUAUGCCUGGCAAUGUUAAAUAAUUUAGCCUACCUUUUGAUUGAAUUCCCUCUUAACUUAUUUAUUUAUUCUAAACUUUAGUUUACCCUGAUUGUGUUUACACCAACUCAUAAAGGAGUGAUGAAGACACUCUUGAUCAAGUUGAAUCUUGAUUGAAUAAAUGUUUAUUGGUCAGUGUGAGGAAAAGCAGUAAUCCUCAGCCUGCUGUAUGUCAGAGUACUCUUCCUCUAUCCAGGUACAGUGUGGAUGGCAGCGGCCCCCUGGGCCAGAAGUUCCUGCUGAAGUGGAGUGUCCCUCUAAGCUUUGUGGACGUAGUAGAGUUUGGUUCCAGUGAGGACAUGGGUGACAACAGCCGCUUCAACCCCCAACCCCACUCUGGAGAGAAGGUGAUCAUCAACGCCAAGCCAAGUACGUCUCACUCACAGUCACAGGGGUCUUUCUGGGUCCUGCUUUCUAUGGUAAUGUGUGAAAUUAAAUAAGAUAUGACGUGUAUGAUGUGGUUUGGUGGUGUACAGAGCGCCCCAAAGGCCCAGACCCUGAUAUUUGAUUAGCUAUUAGCUUGGUGGUCUGGACUGGAGGUCUGAAACUCUGGCUUUUCCAUUCCAUGAUGCAAUCAUUCCUUUAUGACCCCACAAUUAAUCAUAAAGAGGGGAAUAUGAGGUCUUAUAUUGAAAUACUAUGCAAUUACUGUGCACAGUGGCUGUACAUUGCAUAUACAGUACAGUACAGGCAGCAAUACCUUGUUUUCUGUUGUGUGUAAAAUCAAUACCAUUUCCUCUUACUUCGACACCCCCUUUGAAAUAUUGAUGUUCUAGAUGAUUACUGUAAUUAUCUACCAGCCUGCCUGGCCAGCUCUCAGUGGGCUCAGGCCAACACUACAGGCAAUGCAUGACCCACUUAUGUUACUAACGAAUCAUGGGGGGCUUUCCAUCUCAGAUUAUAGCGUUGCAGCACCAUACUUAAUAACACAGAGCCAAGUUGCUUAUAAUAAUCAAUUAAUUUCAGACAUCAACGACAAAGCCACCAUCUUCUGUGUGCCAGGCUUUCCCUCUCGAACCAAUGAGAGAUGUUUUAAAAUGGCGCGAGUCUUGAGAGAGACUGCAUGGUGUUUUGAGUCUAUAAGAAGCCAACUCCACUCUGCACCGUCUGCAGGGUCAGUGACUUCACUCUUUCCACUGGAUUUCCCCCCGGUCUGCUCUGGCAGCUGGCCGGCCUGGCCACUUCUUUAAACUCCUUAUUGGAAACCAUGCAACCAUCAUAACCAGACUGUAUGAUUUGUGGUCAUAGCCAUGCAGUUGCUGUUUUUAGUCAAGAACAUUCACCCUGACUCCUGACUACCAACCAGGCAUGGGUAAUGGGUAAUGUAAUGGUACAUUAGUGUGCUUUUCAUUUAGCUAGUGUUGUGUUCAGGUGGUGACCCUACACCCACUGGGGAAGGCAGGGUGGUUGCUAUGCACAGGAGGUUGGUGGCACCUUAAUUGGGGAGGACGGGCUUGUGGUAAUGGCUGGACCAGAAUAGGUGACAUGGUAUCAAAUACAUCAAACCCAUGGUUUCCAUUCCAUUCCAUUUACUCCGUUCCAGCCAUUAUGAGCCGUCCUCCCUUCAGCAGCCUCCACUGAUGCUAUGGAGUAACUACGUUAUUGUAUGCUAGUCAUAGGUGUGGUUUUCUGUGCGUGGCAGGCUGUGGCUGAGCAGACAUUACCACUGCUUUAUUUCACCUAGCUCUACAUUUACAUUUUACAUUUACAUUUUAGUCAUUUAGCAGACGCUCUUAUCCAGAGCGACUUACAGGAGCAAUUAGGGUUAAGUGCCUUGCUCAAGGGCACAUUUACGUCAUUUAGCAGACGCUCUUAUCCAGAGCGACUCACCAAUUGGUGCGUUCACCCUAUAGCCAGUGGGAUAAUCACUUUACAAAUUUUUUUUUGGUGGGGGGGGGGGGGGGUAGAAGGAUUACUUUAUCCUAUCCCAGGUAUUCCUUAAAGAGGUGGGGUUUCAAAUGUCUCCGGAAGGUGGUGAGUGACUCCGCUGUCCUGGCGUCGUGAGGGAGCUUGUUCCACCAUUGGGGUGCCAGAGCAGCGAACAGUUUUGACUGGGCUGAGCGGGAACUAUGCUUCCGCAGAGGAAGGGGAGCCAGCAGGCCAGAGGUGGAUGAACGCAAUGCCCUCGUUUGGGUGUAGGGACUGAUCAGAGCCCGAAGGUACAGAGGUGCCGUUCCCCUCACUGCUCUAUAGGCAAGCACCAUGGUCUUGUAGCGGAUGCGAGCUUCAACUGGAAGCCAGUGGAGUGUGCGGAGGAGGGGGGUGACGUGAGAGAACUUGGGAAGGUUGAACACCAGACGGGCUGCGGCAUUCUGGAUGAGUUGUAGGGGUUUAAUGGCACAGGCAGGGAGGCCAGCCAACAGCGAGUUGCAGUAGUCCAGACGGGAGAUGACAAGUGCCUGGAUUAGGACCUGUGCCGCUUCCUGUGUAAGGCAGGGUCGUACUCUCCGAAUGUUGUAGAGCAUGAACCUGCAGGAGCGGGUCACCGCCUUGAUGUUGGCGGAGAACGACAGGGUGUUGUCCAGGGUCACGCCUAGGCUCUUCGCACUCUGGGAGGAGGACACAGCGGAGUUGUCAACCGUGAUGGCGAGAUCAUGGAACGGGCAGUCCUUCCCCGGGAGGAAGAGCAGCUCCGUCUUGCCAGGGUUCAGCUUGAGGUGGUGAUCCGUCAUCCAUGCUGAUAUGUCUGCCAGACAUGCAGAGAUGCGAUUCGCCACCUGGUUAUCAGAAGGGGGAAAGGAGAAGAUUAGUUGUGUAUCGUCAGCGUAGCAAUGAUAGGAGAGGCCAUGUGAGGAUAUGACAGAGCCAAGUUACUUGGUGUAUAGGGAGAAAAGGAGAGGGCCUAGAACUGAGCCCUGGGGGACACCAGUGGUGAGAGCACGUGGUGCGGAGACAGCUUCUCGCCACGCCACUUGGUAGGAGCGACCGGUCAGGUAGGACGCAAUCCAGGAGUGAGCCGCGCCGGAGAUGCCCAGCUCGGAGAGGGUGGAGAGGAGGAUCUGAUGGUUCACAGUAUCAAAGGCAGCAGACAGGUCUAGAAGGACAAGAGCAGAGGAGAGAGAGUUAGCUUUAGCAGUGCGGAGAGCCUCUGUGACACAGAGAAGAGCAGUCUCAGUUGAAUGACCAGUCCUGAAACCUGACUGGUUUGGAUCAAGAAGGUCAUUCUGAGAGAGAUAGCAAGAGAGUUGGCUAAAGACGGCACGCUCAAUAGUUUUGGAAAGAAAAGAAAGAAGGGAUACUGGUCUGUAGUUGUUGACAUCAGAGGGAUCGAGUGUUGGUUUUUUGAGAAGGGGAGCCACUCUCGCUCUCUUGAAGACGGAAGGGACAUGGCCAGCGGUCAAGGAUGAGUUGAUCAGCGAGGUGAGGUAGGGGAGAAGGUCAUCGGAGAUGGUCUGGAGAAGAGAGGAGGGGAUGGGGUCAAGCGGGCAGGUUGUUGGGGCGGCCUGCAGUCACAAGUCGCAGGAUUUUAUCUGGAGAGAGAGGGGAGAAAGAAGUCAAAGCAUAGGGUAGGGCAGUGUGAGUAGGACCAGCAGUGUCAUUAGACUUAACAAACGAGGAUCGAAUGUCGUCAACCUUCUUUUCAAAGUGGUUGACGAAGUCAUCCACAGAGAGAGAGGAGGGGGGGGGGCGGGGGGGGGGGGGGGGGGAGGAUUCAGGAGGGAGGAAAAUGUGGCAAAGAGCUUCCUAGGGUUAGAGGCAGAUGCUUGGAAUUUAGAGUGGUAGAAAGUGGCCUUAGCAGCAGAAACAGAUGAAGAAAAUGUAGAGAGGAGGAGUGAAAAGAUGCCAGGUCGGCAGGGAGUUUAGUUUUCUUCCAUUUCCGCUCCGCUGCCCGGAGCUCUGUUCUGUGAGCUCGCAAUGAGUCAUCAAGCCACGGAGCUGGAGGGGAGGACCGAGCCGGCCGGGAGGAUAGGGGACACAGAGAGUCAAAGGAUGCAGAAAGGGAGGAGAGGAGGGUUGAGGAGGCAGAAUCAGGAGAUUGGAGGGAGAAGGAUUGAGCAGAGGGAAGAGAUGAUCGGAUGGAAGAGGAGAGAGUAGUGGGAGAGAGAGAGCGAAGGUUGCGGCGGCGCAUUACCAUCUGUGUAGGGGCAGAGUGAGUAGUGUGGGAGGAGAGCGAGAAGAGAAAAGGAAACAAAGUAGUGGUUCGGAGACAUGGGAGGGGGAGUGCAGUGGCGAAUUAGUAGAAGAGCAGCCAAUUAGUAAAGAUGAGGUCAAGCGUAAUUGCCUGCCUUGGUGAGUAAGGGGGGAGGUGGAGAGAGGUGAGGUCAAAAGAGGAGAGAAAGUGGAAAGAAAUGAGGCAGAGAGAAAUGAGUCAAAUGUGGACAUAGGGAGGGGUUGAAAAAUCCCCAAACUUGUGAGGGGUGAAGCCAUCCCUCAAGGGAAAGGAACUUAUCAGGCGUCAAGCUCAUUGAUUGAACUCUCCAAGGGAACCUGGAGGGCGAUAGAUGACAAGGAUAUUAAGCUAAAUGGGCCUAUGAACUGUGACAGCAUGGAAUUCAAAUGAGGGAGAUAGAGACAGAUGGGUUAGGGGAAAAAUUGAGAAUGGUUCCACUUGGUGAGAAUGAGGAUUCCUUGGGCCUCUGAGCUCCCUCCGAUUGCCUGGCUGCUCUCUCUGUCAGUCCCAUCUGUGGUGGUGCUAGUGUGAUCUACUCCACUACAUGUGAAUAACGCCAGAGAAACUCAUUCCCAUCCCCUGCCACAUCCUUUGAUAGAUUGACUCUUAGUUGUAUUACCAAGGGUAUGGUCUACUGUACAAUGGGCAGCAGGUAGCUUAGUGGUUAAGAGUGUAAUGCCAGUAACCGAAAGUUCACUGGUUCUAAUCCCCGAGCCGACUAGGUGAAAAAUCUGUUGAUGUGCCCUUGAGCAAGGCACUUAACCCUAAUUGCUCCUGUAAGUCGCUCCGGAUAAGAGUGUCUGCUAAAAUGUAAAAUGUUUAGCCACUGUGAUGUUAGAUGACUCUAUAGUUUGUUAGUAGCCAUGCACUUUUGACCCACGUGCCUAGAGGGGGAUGACGGUCUAGCCUGUAAAUGGAUGUAAUUGUGCGAAAGCCUGUGUUAUAUAAGAGUCCAUUAGUGAUCUACUGUUCUGCUCCCCAUCCAUAUUGUUAAAGCACAGGACCCCGGGUGAAGUUGACCAUAUGGGCCAUUCCUUUUUUUCACUCAUCCUCUUACCCACUGAAAUGCCAGGGGAUAAACAAGCUUUCCUCUCCUCCCUCUCAUUGACUGCCCAACUGCCACCCCGUCCCCCCUCCUCUCCCAAGCCUCUUAAGGCUUCCUAUCCAAAACGGUUCGGAACAGUUGGUGCGUAUAUUAUGACGUAAUUUUGUGACGUAUUUGUUCGUUUUAGUCUUCGGCAAGGGUUUUUUCGGCUGUUCGUGCACACAACAUUUCUUCUCGAGGCAAGCCAAAGUCGGUAGCCGAAGUCUACACCCCUUCAUUGCUGAUUGGUCAACAGUAGGGAUUCUUCAAUUAAGUUUUUGUCAUUCAACCAAACAUCUUAGUUAGAUUGUGCGACUAAGACGUCAAAAUUAAUGACCGAUUUUUUAGUUACCUUAGAUUCAUUCUGACUAUUUUGAGGAAGUGUAUACUGGUUACGGCGUCUUAAGAUGGACAAACAGUACUAUUGCCGCUUUUUUCUCAGCAAGCACUGCCAGCUGAACUGAAGCAUGUGGAAGGCUUUACCCACUCACCCACCCGUCAGCCCUCCAUCUGCCCUCUAGUCCCUGCCACAGACACCCUGAUGGGGGCUGGAGACUGCACCGUCAACAGCAGCAUCUGGACCCUGGGCUGACAGACAGGCAGGCAUAUACUAGCCAGCUGUCUAGUCCUGACCUAGGUUAGACCCCUAUACAUACAGUGGGGGAAAAAAGUAUUUAGUCAGCCACCAAUUGUGCAAGUUCUCCCACUUAAAAAGAUGAGAGAGGCCUGUAAUUUUCAUCAUAGGUACACGUCAACUAUGACAGACAAAUUGAGAAUUUUUUUCUCCAGAAAAUCACAUUGUAGGAUUUUUUAUGAAUUUAUUUGCAAAUUAUGGUGGAAAAUAAGUAUUUGGUCACCUACAAACAAGCAAGAUUUCUGGCUCUCACUGACCUGUAACUUCUUCUUUAAGAGGCUCCUCUGUCCUCCACUCGUUACCUGUAUUAAUGGCACCUGUUUGAACUUGUUAUCAGUAUAAAAGACACCUGUCCACAACCUCAAACAGUCACACUCCAAACUCCACUAUGGCCAAGACCAAAUAGCUGUCAAAGGACACCAGAAACAAAAUUGUAGACCUGCACCAGGCUGGGAAGACUGAAUCUGCAAUAGGUAAGCAGCUUGGUUUGAAGAAAUCAACUGUGGGAGCAAUUAUUAGGAAAUGGAAGACAUACAAGACCACUGAUAAUCUCCCUCGAUUUGGGGCUCCACGCAAGAUCUCACCCCGUGGGUUCAAAAUGAUCACAAGAACGGUGAGCAAAAAUCCCAGAACCACACGGGGGGACCAAAGUAACAAAGCCUACCAUCAGUAACACACUACGCCGCCAGGGACUCAAAUCCUGCAGUGCCAGACGUGUCCCCCUGCUUAAGCCAGUACAUGUUCAGGACCGUCUGAAGUUUGCUAGAGUGCAUUUGGAUGAUCCAGAAGAGGAUUGGGAGAAUGUCAUAUGGUCAGAUGAAACCAAAAUAUAACUUUUUGGUAAAAACUCAACUUGUCGUGUUUGGAGGACAAAGAAUGCUGAGUUGCAUCCAAAGAACACCAUACCUACUGUGAAGCAUGGGGGUGGAAACAUCAUGCUUCGGGGCUGUUUUUCUGCAAAGGGACCAGGACGACUGAUCCGUGUAAAGGAAAGAAUGAAUGGGGCCAUGUAUCGUGAGAUUUUGAGUGAAAACCUCCUUCCAUCAGCAAGGGCAUUGAAGAUGAAACGUGGCUGGGUCUUUCAGCAUGACAAUGAUCCCAAACACACCGCCGGGCAACGAAGGAGUGGCUUCGUAAGAAGCAUUUCAAGGUCCUGGAGUGGCCUAGCCAGUCUCCAGAUCUCAACCCCAUAGAAAAUCUUUGGAGGGAGUUGAAAGUCUGUGUUGCCCAGCGACAGCCCCAAAACAUCACUGCUCUAGAGGAGAUCUGCAUGGAGGAAUGGGCCAAAAUACCAGCAACAGUGUGUGAAAACCUUGUGAAGACUUACAGAAAACGUUUGACCUGUGUCAUUGCCAACAAAGGGUAUAUAACAAAGUAUUGAGAAACUUUUGUUAUUGACCAAAUACUUAUUUUCCAGCAUAAUUUGCAAAUAAAUUCAUAAAAAAUCCUACAAUGUGAUUUUCUGGAUUUUUUAAAUACUUUUUUCCCCCACUGUACAUCCUGUAACCUAUUGCCCUGAGGUGAUCCUGUACUGGAUAGCAAUCUAGAAUUGGAGACAUUACAGUAUGGUCAUUUUCACCUGACAGAAAUUGAUCAGGCCAUGUCAUCUCACCGAUCUCUUCAAUACUGAUGAUAUUUUCCCUAAUCAGUCCUCUGUGUCUCUGAACUGGCUAGCCAUUUUAACAAGUGGAAAAACCCUUACUCUCAGCCUCUCUCUCUCUCUCUCUCUCUCUCUGUCUCUCUCCAUAGUCCAGUGUGUUCUGCCAAAGCCACUGGUGACCUGCCUACUAAAGAGGCAAUGAAAAGACAGUCCAGCGUAUGAUGUCACAGUUCCCUGUGCUCUGCUCUGGAUGUCUGUGUGCCUACCUCACGUCUGUUGUGCUCAGCUUAGCUAAUUGGGACCACCAAAAGAGAUGGGUCAGUUACAUUGACAAAUACUUUCAAACAAUAAACCAUGAACCUUUGUUCCUCUGGCUGAGCCUGUCAUAGUUACACAUUGUAAGAAGUUGAGAGUCUUGAGGAAUAUGCGAUAUAGCAGGUCGAGGGAUCAUCCAAAGAUCUGUUUACUUGAAGAUGUCACAGGCUCUUCCAAGCGUUGUGUGAAGGUCCUGGCACACUCACAAAGGCCUAUUGAGGAGUUUGGGCUCUCGCUAUAAUGGUUUAGCCAGUCUCUUCUGCCUUUCAAUCCUGGCAUAAUCCAUUAUUUUAUGACCAGCCAUGAUGCUGUGUAGGUCUAUGUACCUGUAACAUGUGGCACAGUAAUGGUUGAUGAGGUGGGUGGGUGGCACCAGUCCAGGUCAAAGCCAUAGAUGAAUCACUGUGCUACAGGUCAGGUUCAGCAUGGCCAGGGUGCUUGUACAUAGCACUCACUCUCAUUAUGGCUUAUUAUAUUCUAUAUCAGUGUUUGUCAGAGUAUAUAAUAAUAACCUUAUAACCAUGGAGAUGAAUCAUGGCCUGUAGCAUUCCCAUGGAUGACAAGCCAAAGCGUUUCUGUCCUGACCUGCUUCCAACCAUUAAGACAGAUGAGGCAUGAAUAUUUUAACACCAUUAGACAAGGCAAUUAGCUCAAUAUAGCAAAAACAGCAUCACAUUUUUACAUGCUUCAGAAUCUAAGAUAAAUUUUUAUUUUUAACCAUACACUUGUCUAUGCUUUCAACCAAACAAAAUAUUGUCUGAAAAAUGUAAAUAUUGUAAAACAGUUCAAUGAUACUCAGUGACCUGAAUAUAUUCAUAAGUAGAAUGAUAUUUUGGUACAUGAUGAAGAGAAAGUCCCUGAAUUAGCUUCCUGUAUGUACAUUUGUGCAAGUACAAACAUGGUGGAAGUUUCUCUGAGGGUCCUCUCUGGGCCAGCCCUGGGAAAGACUGGAGCAGUUGCCAUGGAGCUGGAACACUAGGGCAGUGUGAAAGGCCAUUGUAGAGCCCACAGAAAGUAGACUUGCAAAACCAGAGGGAACUCCAGGAAUCCUGGUGCCAGAGAUUCCCAUUCACAUUAACCCUUCCCCUCCAAGUUCCAAUGUGCUGCCUUAUGAGUGAAAGUAUCUUUAAGAGCUUCCCUGCUUACUUGUCAGCUAACAGUACCAUAUGCUGCAGUGCAAAUUGUAUCGUAUGAUGACUUGUUGGCAGGCUUGUCUGAAAGACGAGGAGGGUCAUACUCUAUGCUGGAGGUUUAAUGUGAGUUACAGCCUAGAGAGAAGGCUGUGUGCUGGCAGAGCCAACAAGAGGCCCCCCUCUCUCUCUCUCUCUCUCUCUCUCUGAUGAGUCAGGCUCUCUAUCUGUGUCUCUCUGUCAUUUACAGGCUGAACGCUGACAAACAAAGCAGCCCGUUGUCCUGAGCUGGACCCACAGAAACACAAUAAUCACUCACUUCACUUCACUGGCUCGUUGGUUCGGUUAGGCAAGGCACAUCUACAAAGAUGCACACACACUUUUAUACACACACACACACACGUACGCGGAACAGUAGAGAAUAGCUUGGCCCCAGGAAACUGCUGUUAGGUAACGGUACUCAAGUGAAAACAUUCACAAAGCACAUACACACACUCGGCCACUGUGGUCCUGCGGUUCAGCGCCAUUCCAAGUGAGUUUGCACACAUGUCGCAGGUCUCUGUGGGAAACAGAUCUGACUGUUAUUGAUCUUUGUCUGGCAGUAGGUCUUAUUUUACCUCCUGCUUUCAAUGGCCAGGAAUUGCCUUUGAGAUAUUAAUGGCUCAUAUUCUUGGGUCAAUGAGUUUAGAUGGGAUAUGGGCUAUGGGUUCAGAUGGGAUAUGGGCGAUGGGUUCAGAUGAGAUAUGGGCUAUGGGUUCCGAUUUGUGAAUCACAACUUACUUCAAUUACCAACUUCACUUGGUAAAACAUUUGUUUUCUGUUGACAGGGAUAGUUUAUUCAACCCUUCUGAUUGUCCAAGUCUAGAUAAGGCAUACAUGAGCCCAGGGCAGCUGAUAUUUUAUUCAACUUCUCAUUGUCUCUCUUUCCAGAUAAGCUGUACAUGGGUCCAGGCCAGCUGUACCAGGACCUGCAGAACCUCAUCCACGACCUCAGCCUGGUCAACCAGAUCUCCAGCAUGAUCGGGAGCCUCAAGGGCAAUUACCAGGUGAGCAGCAUUUAUCGCUGCAUUCAUUUUAAGGCUUGUUUUCUGCGAGUGAAAAUACAAGUAUAUUAUUUGCCUGUGUGUAAAUAUGUCCCUGAGGUUUUGAUGUGUCAUGUCGAGCUGUGGCCCCAGCAGACAGAUUAGAGCGAGAGGGAGAGACAGAGAGAGAGGGCCCUGACAAACACUGUAGUCUGGUGCACAGUAGUUUGCCCAGACAGCGCUGUGUGGUGCUGGGCUGUGAGACUCAACUAGCCAGUGUUUGUCUAUGUGUGAGUCCUGUCAGAGACAGAGGGCUUAGUGGUGGGGGAGCAGAGAACAGGCCAAAGGCACACAGAGAGACUCACACACACAAGACAGAGGUGGGGCUUUUGUGGUCAAUUUGUAAGAGCUGGUGUGCGGAGUCAAUCUCUGCUCGCCCAAUGGCAUGAUUGAAAGCCGUAAUAGAUCUAGUUUUCAUCCGACAUUAUGGAUGACAUUAUAAGCAGUGUCUUGUGUUAAUACUUUAUCCGAUUCUCUCUCUCUCUUUGACUCUUUUCUCUCCCUCCUUCCCUCUCUCCUGUAGAACGUUAACCCUACGGUGGCCCAUGACUGGGUGUCGGGUCUGCAGCGUCUCAUCCUGAAGAAGGAGGAGGAGAUCCGGGCUGCAGACCGCUGUAGGAUCCAGCUGCAGCUGCCUGGCAAACAGGACAAGUCAGUGUCUCACCCACACCACUGCUGUCUCUCUCUUAUAGAUCUCUCACCCACAUCACUGUCUCUGUCCCACACAUAGACCUCUCCCUCUGACAUACAGAUCUCUCACCCACAUCACUGUCUCUGUCCCACACAUAGACCUCUCCCUCUGACAUACAGAUCUCUCAUCCACACCACUGUCUCUCUCUCUCUCUCUCUCUCUCUCUCUCUCUCUCUCUCUCUCUCUCUCUCUCUCUCUCUCUCUCUCUCUCUCUCUCUCUCUCUCUCUCUCUUAUACAGACCUCUCAUCUACACUGCUGUCUCUCUCUCACACACUAGGUCCCUAUGUCCUCACUCCCUCACUGUCCCCUCUCACCAUCCAGGAAUGAGCACAGAGUUACUGUCACGGUGGAUAAGCAACUUUAACUUUGUUCUAAUCUGAUCUCAUGGGUAUGAUUGAGUCUGUUAGAGCUCUAUGCUCUCUGCUGUGGAUCAUUGUGUCUCUCUCUUCAAAGAAGACAGUGCAGCUGUUUCAUCCACUCAUUACUAUAGGGGAGUACUCCCUCCACAUGGUCCCUCCAUGGCCCACUGGCACCUUGAACUUGUUGACUCACACACUGCCUGCCAUUUUUAACUGGUUAAAUGACCUCUGUUACCCCUGGGCAUCACGUUUAGAGACGCAGCUGUGCUGCUCUCAUUCCUCUCUGAUCCCUCCAUCUAAAAACACCACAUUCCAGAGAGAGAGAUGGAGUGAGAGAGUGAAAGGCAAGAUGCAUGCCAGAGAGAUCCUCCCCUGUGAUGUGUUAUUUACGUUGGCUGAUAUUAGCUGUUAUAAACACCGUUGGCUUCCAUUACCUCACAGCCCUAUCUGUCUGCUGUCACUAAGACCCUUUCCACACUACGACAGACUCUCUAGAGGUUUCGAGAGAAUACCCUCGGCUAUACCUUUUUAAAAUAAUGUGAACUUGCGAACUUGCUACGUCUCUACCGCUACCUCCAGAGGUAGCGCACGACACUCGCCUGACAGUUACCCCCUUCCGAGCACGGCAGUGUGAACAGAAUUGUCUCGUCCAGCCCAACACUCCUACAGUAUAAAUGGUAAUAGCAGAGUAAUGAUUUUGAAACAGCUGAAAUGUAUAGACAUUUUCCUAAUAUUUGAGCCUUUUUGUAUUGAGUUUUUACCUGAAAUUGCAGUAACAUUCUAAAAUUGCCGGCUACACUGAGUCACAUAAAACUAUGGAAGCCCAUCCCCACCACCAAAAUAAAUGUACAAUGUCGAUAGCAGAUCGUAUCCAUUUUUAAUAUUGUGUGGUGAUUUCAGAGGUGGCACCACAGGCCCCAGAGUUCUGGGGGGGAAUUGUUUUCCUGGAGCCUAGAGUUUUUCCUGAUCUGGUAGGCUAACCUAACCAACUUCAGACCCUAUUUGUAGGGUAUGACAUUGCAGGAGUUGGAACUGGUUCAGGGAACAGAACCGAAAACCGGAAAAGAACAACAUUGGUCGAGGAACAGAAGCAGAACCGAGAACGAAAGUCAUAGCAGAACCGUUAUUUUAACCGCUUAAUAAUGUUAUUUUACGUUCUGGGCAUUUUUUUCCAGUCCCACAAUAAACGCAACAAAGUGCUUAUGCAAAGCCCUCACUGUCACAAACGUAUUCCAGUGUCUGCCUGCCAGCUAAAAUCUUUGCCAGUGUGUGUGUGUAAGCUACCUGCCCCUCCUUCUAAAGCAUGCAUAGUCUACUGUAGCUACUGACGUUACAGUCGUGAUUCAGAAAUUAGGGAGAGACAUUUUUUAUUAGAGAACAACGGAUUAACUUUUUCAGUGCUAGUUAAGGAUACUAUAGUUAUCACGUUUCACAUUGGAUUUAUUAACAACAAAAAAGUAAAACGUGUUUUUAUUUUAAUUCUGGUGCCGCUCUGCACACAAAAGCUUGUUAGCUAGCUAGCUUGUUAGCUAUCUCUGGUCUAGCUCUCGAAAACUGAAAUGGAACUGAGAGUCAUGAUCAAGGGCUAGCUCUGGUCCAACGUUAGUUAAGUCAACUCUUUGAAGUUCAAAGACAUUCAAAGUUCCUUCAUGGAAGUCGCUCCUCCGUAGGUAUAAUGAUGUGGGCCUAAUUCAGAUAAUGCAAGUCAUAACAACAAGAUGCCAAGCGCGUCAUGCCUAGCUCUUUCCUCACCCACAAAAUUUCAGUCACACCCUACACUACACUAUAGGGGCGGCAGGUAGCCUAGCGGUUAGGAGCGUUGUUCCAGUAACUAAAUCUGUCAUUAAAAAGUUAUUCAUACAAUAUGUCAUCACUAUUGUGUUGAUUGAUUAAUUCCAGUCAAUAAUUUCGGAUUAAAAAGGCCUAGGUAUCCACCCAAAGUUGAAUAUAAGCCAAAUUUGAUCACAUUCAUAUUUUCUCAGAACACAAAUAAAUAGGCCUACAUUAGGCUAUAAAUACAUAUCUUAGGCUAUAAAUACAUGAUGUUACCGCUUCAUUUCCCCUGACCAGGCCCAGAUGGGAUCAAAAGGGAUCUAAGCUACCUGCAGCUGUGGUUGUUAUAGGCUGCAGUUGAUCAGACUGAAGCACAGAUUAAUUGUGCACGAGUUGACAAAUCAUGAGGCAAUUCAAUGUAUACAUUUUUUUUGGGUGGCGUGUAUGGGCUUCCAUAUAAAACAGCUCGUCGCUUGUGGCAACUCCCCAUACUGUAUAGAUAUUAUACCCACAUUUCCAGUCGCAAUUAGCUUUUACCACAUGUAGGCCAAAUGAUUUGCAUGAUAUUGAUAAAAAUUAAGCCUGAUGAAGUAAUGUUGUAAUAGGCCUACUGUACUUUUAUAUUUGUAUGAGAGGGGUAGUAGGCCUAAUUGUUCAUUUUUAAUAGGCAAACGUUACUUGAUGAAGACAUGCUGUUAGCUACUCUGUGCUUUUGUCUUGAAGCUAAAAUGUAGUGUAGCCUUCAAACGAGAAAAUAAACCCUUUAUUUUCUGCACAUCCUUGUGAAUUGUUGCAUUAUUCAAGAGUGUAAUGCGGUUUGGUUCCAUUUUUAAAAUGUGUAAUACGGUUAAGAUGAAAAGUCGCUUGCACAGUUGAAGCAUGCUGGCUAGUGCCUAUCCUGGGAUAUUUUAUAGGGAUAGUUAUGGUAAAUGUCCGUUGCCUAGCACCAAACCCACAUGUGAAUUGAAAAGUUAAUGUACAAAUUAUGUCAAUUGAAAUGUCGGCACGCUGCCGCUCCUUUAACUUUUGUCAAUGAGAAAAGCCCCUAACAAGAGAGCAGGAUGACAUGUCCUUUCAGCUGUUAGGGUCACACAGAGAUUCCCCUCCCCCCGACAGCAAGCCAUGACACCCACCAUCUCCGAUUUGUUCUGUAGUUAGAAACAGAUAAAAUAAGCAUUCCAGAAACAUUAUUUUGUUGAAAUAUAUAAUUUGAUCUCUGAGAAAUUAAGCAAAUUGAUUGCACCCAAAUUGGCCAUUUUAAUUUAUAGAAUUCAUAUAAUAUUCAAUAAUUAUAGUACCUAAAAUCCGAUUUGGACCAAACUUUUUUCUAACAAUGAGUAAGACAUGAGGAAUCCAAAGAAGUGGUCAGCCCACACCCCACGCCAAUCCCACCCCAACAACGAGUAUAUAGUAUCAGUUCUCUAUAUUAGUAUGGAGCUGCGGCUUAGGGUAUUGUUUCUUCAUCCUAUGUAAUGUAUUCUGAAUGAAUUUGGUGCUGUUCUUUUCCACUGUUCAGAGAAAUUAGUCUGUAAAGUUGUUGGGUUUAUGUCCCAUCCUACAUCCUGAUAUUACCAGCUUCUGACCACUAGAUUGUGCUGUUCCUGCUAUUAGGUGAUUAUUUUAAAAAAAUUGAAGUGAAUGUAGGGAAGCAGAACCGUUAAUACACCCCCAGGAUUCAAUCUCCAUGACACAGACUCUGUGUAGUGGAUACUGUCACUGUCUCAACACUGCUGUCUGUCAUUUCUCUCUCUCUCUCUCUCUCUCUCUGUCUCUCUCUCUCUCUCUCUCUCUCUCUCUCUCUCUCUCUCUCUCUCUCUCUCUCUCUCUCUCUCUCUCUCUCUCUCGGCAGGUCUGGCAGGCCCACAUACUUUUCUGCUGUGUUCAAUACCUUCUCUCCAGCCAUCAAACAGUCCUGGAUCAGUAACCUGCAGAUGGCCAAGCUGGCUCUGGGUAUGUCUUAGUCUGGCCUCAGUCACAAUCACAGACCCAAAGCUGUUUGUGUUGGAUAUUCUGUGGUUCCCUAUUGCUUCUCCCCACUGCCUCUGUCACUUUGUAGUUCCAUAGAGGACUGUAGUGAGGGUAUGCAGAGGGACAGCCUCUCUUUGCCUCACUGCUCUUUUCCACUUGUGAUUGUUUUAAACUGCCACUGGCUUCGUGGCUCAUUUCCAAACUCAAGGUUUAGUUGCAUAGCAAUGGGUAUUUAAAAAUCAGUGUUUACCAAGCAAAUAUUAUUAGUUCAAAUUCACUUUUCCAGCCCUGGCUCAUUGGACUGUAAAAUGGAUUGUAAAAAGUGUUAUGUAACAUAUUUGGAAAUGUAAUAUUUCACGGUUUGAAUUUAGGAUCAGUGCUCCACACUGGACAUAGUGUUCCUCUUAGAAAUGAAAUUACUCUGGUAUGUCUGUGUGUGUGCAACUGUACGUGUGUGUGUGUUCAUGUGUGUGCGUUAACAGAGGAGGACAACCUGCAGGGCUGGUUCUUUGCGGAGGAUGAUGGCAACCAGAUCAAGAAGCAGAAACAUCCUCUCCUGCUCAGGCAGAUGCCUGUGGUCAUGUCCAAACUACAGGAGUUCAAGGUGGGCAUCACCUCCCCCACACCGCCUCCUCUGUCAGCCAUGGGCAGGGUCAAUGGCUACUUCAAAAGAGUACCUAUCCCAUGACCGCAUGAAUCAUUUGUUACAAUGCCAUGUAGGAAACUAGUACAAUCUACAUACACGUGUAAAGUGAAGAGUGGUGUAAGUCUGUUUCUCUGUAUCUCUGGCAGGUGGAGUGUGCAGGUCCAUAACCCCGAGCCCCACGUCAACAAAGAGAGCACAGCAGACACACCUGCACUCGGACACGGCUGUGUGUGGGUGAGUAGGACACCUGGCUUUUUAUCAUUUGAUGGCAUUUUACUUGAACCCUUGGUAAUAAGGCCUAAACAACAAUAGACGUCAUAGAUGUUAUAAAACAGAUUGUCAAUGGACAGCAUGGACAUCCAUGUAUGUACAUCAUUGCAUUACAAAUGAUGCCAAAUGAGAUCUGUUUUGCUUGUAACCAGUGCCAAAUAUUGAGAUUAGCCAUAUUACUCAUCAUCAGCUAUAAAUCCCUAUAAAAAAGCUUUCUUCCACUCCCAGUGAGAUUGGAAUUAAAUAUUGAACAGAGGCCCUUUCAUUCAUGAGCUAUAAAUAUGAACCAGUGGCAUGUUUACUGUAUGAAUCAGUUUAUUGAGAGCCUCUUAGCUAUGUGUAUUUACUUCAGAGGCAGGGAUAACACAUCCACAGUUCUGUGACUCCCAAUGUCUUCCAGUGAUGGACUGUUCUCAUUACAAUGACGGCUCACACUUUUCCAUUGUAAAUUACUUACUGUUGGCCUGGAUUGAGAGGGCCAUUCUCUCCCACUCUAUGCUCCUAUUGGUCAGUCUGCUGUACAGCUUUUUGCUGGAGUGGUUAAAAGCAUUGUUUGUUGUUGUCGUGGUUGUUGUUUUCUCACUUUAUCAAUUGUAUCACAACCCCUGAUGAGGUCAGAAUUGGAAAGCUCUGUAGAAAGGAUCUUAUUUCCUAGCUGGGGCAUGGAGUCUUUCCCUGUCAGGUCAUGUGGUCAUGAAAAACUUGUCGCCCUACUCCUAACUGUUACUACUCCUAUCCCUGUUCAGGUUGCGAGCUGCACCAACCAGAUGGGUCAGAUAGCCAUUGUGGCCAUGCAGAACUCCAGCCCCAAGGUGACAGAGUGUUUCAAUGUGGAGUCUCGGAUCCUGUGCAUGGCCUAUGUACCCAUGGAGCAGAGUACCCAGGAGAAUGGGGAGGGGAACCCAGAAAAUAACCUCUCCUUAGUGGGGAAGGCCAGUGACAUCCCUACUGUCUGCCUGGGCAUGGAGGAGGGCAGGUAUGUGAUGUCAACAGAUGAUGUAGUCAUAGCCAACUCUGGGUUCUACUGUAGGCUAAAUAAAUCUUCUCAUCGGUUUUAUUGUAUUGUAUUUUAUUUGGAAACACAAAUCAUGAUAUCACCUCACAACCUUUCUAUGGCUCUCUGCAGUAUCAUAGUCUAUAAGAGCAGCCAGCGGUCCAAGAAGGUGCGUCUCCAACACUUCUUCACCCUAGACAAGUCCACCGUGACCAGCCUGGUGCACAAGAAGCAGUGUUUAUACGCUGGCCUA